AUGACUACAUCAAUCCUCUCUCCUCCUGUGCCACUGCUGUGUCCAUCCGUGGAGCUUCACCAAGGCUCGCUACCCUAUACCCUGGAUGAUCUUGUCGGUGAUAUCAAGGCACAUCUCGGUGAAUCUGGAGGCAUUGGAUAUGCCAAUAUCAACUCAGACUACUUAAUGUCUCUUGCUCAAAAAUACAAUUCCAACCCCAAUGACUGGGCGCGUUACUACCACAACUGUGCCGAGAAAAGCUAUACCCGAAACACAAUUGAGAAUAUCAACUCAAGGGCCAACAUUCUUCUCCUCGUGUGGAAUCCAGGAAAGGGAUCACCUGUGCACGAUCACGCCAACGCGCACUGUGUUCUGAAGGUGUUGGCUGGCGAGUUGACAGAGACGAUCUACAAUACCCCUGAGGAUGAAGGCCAUCCCCUGCGCGUCAAGAAACAAUCGACGUACCACACAGACCAGGUGACAUACAUGUCGGAUGAGAUUGGGCUUCACCGUGUGCACAAUCCACAUCCCACACAAGUCGCUGUGUCCCUGCACCUCUACACCCCUCCGAAUGCUGCCGAUAUCGGGUACAAUGUCUUCGACGAAGCCACCGGAAAAGCGAGUUUUAUUGCUCAGGCAAAGUCGCUGAGCCCAGGCAGGAGCUAA